AUGGAGAUUGGGGCAGGACGGAGACAGGAGAAGAAAGGGUUUAGUUUCAGGUUUAUUUGGAAUAGAUUUGAAAUCAUUAUAAAACUCAAUGUUGGCUUCUGUCUCAAGGAACGACAUGAACCUAUUUGUAGCAAAGUUUCCAACAAGAAGAAAAGAGUCUUCAAUUCGUACAAGCAAAGAGCUGCUGGGACAGGCAUUUCAUCAGUGAGAGGCCCAUCAGUUGCCAAGAUGCCUCUACCUGUGUCACAUUGGAAGCAACAGCAUGAAGAUUUCAUCAACACCAUCAGGUCAGCUAGGCUCGCCACAGAUGCUGUUAAAAAGGGCCUGCCUCUUCCCCCUCCCCCACCCGCCAGCAUCAACCCAGAUUACAUCGAGUGUCCCUACUGCAACAGGCGUUUCAAUGAAACAGCUGCUGAGCGACACAUCAACUUCUGCAAGACUAACGUUAACCGCAAGGUUGUGGCCAGGCAGGCCCCGGUGCCAUCCUCCAUCCAGCCGAGACCUCCCCCUCCUCCAGCGCAAGUUCAGUUGGCAUCCAAGCAGCUCACGAGCCCAGCAGCAGGCCCUCCAUCGAGAGGCAAACUGACAGCAGCUGCCCAGGCUGUAAUGGGAGUCAGAGCAGGUCUCGAUACAGUCGGAAGUAACAGCAGAGUAUGGAGAUUGGGAAAAGCUGGUAGAAGAAGUUCCAAACUGCAGCAGGACUAA